UGGUGGGUGAAGGAUGAAUCAGUGGCCAAAAGCUGGAAAGUAAAAGAAAGGAGUUGGGAAUUUAUUACCUUUUUUUCCUGCAUUUGGUAACCUAACCUAGAGGGGUUUGAUUUUGUGAACUUGGGUGUUGAAAGAUUGAGAAUCGCAUGAUUUAGUGUAGAAAAAAGUUGAUCUUUUAAAGGUGGAUGCAUAAUUUUGCAAAUUAUUUCCUUUUACAAGAAAAGAUUCAAGGCUUUUAGGAAUGUUGAUGAGAAUGGAUUGUUUUUGGUGAAACUAUAACGGCUUUUAUGUUGUUCUUGAAGAUUUAUUGAAUGAGGAAGAGCAAAUUGGGAACUGGAAACCCUAAGGUGUAGGGGAAGCAUAUGGAAUUGGAAGUUCUUUUUUAAGAUUGGUUGGAUUUUGUUAGGGCUACUUCACUGUUGUCUCAUUGUUAAGCUGAGUUUUUUUUUUAUUUUAAUGGAUGACAUUGAGGGUGGUGUUAGUUAUCCUCCAAAUCCUUAUCGUGUUAGCCACCGGCAGGGUUAUGGUUCUUCAAAUCGCCAAAAGCUUCCCGUAAGAAAUGUUCCUUUUUCUAGACCGAUAAGGAAUCAGUAUGUUGAUGACGACGAAGACGUCGACGAUGAAGGGGAAAAUUUGGGGGAGGAAGAGGAAAAUCUUAACCAAAUUAAUGGUGUUCGGUAUGUAGGAAAAGGUGUGGAUGAUAAUGACGACGAUGAUGAUGACUUGAUGGAAGAUGAUGAGGAUGAUUAUAAUGAAGGUGGUGACUUGGAGAGGCAUCCAAAAAAGAGGAAAUUGAAGAGUUUGGUGUCGAGUUAUGAAUUUGCUCCUCGAGUACCUGCCCCAGUGGCAGUUGCAGCUCCAUCGGUGCUAAAGCCCUCAUAUGGUGGGAGGAAUUCUCUUGCGGAUUGGACUGAGCAUGAGACAUUUGUUUUGCUAGAUGCCUGGGGUGACCGCUUUUUGCGAUGUGGGAGGAAGAGUCUUCGGACCGAGGAAUGGCAAGAAGUGGCAGAAAAGGUUUCAGAGAUAUCAAAGAUUGAAAGGACCGAGACACAAUGCCGGAAUCGGUUGGAUACAUUGAAGAAGAAAUAUAAAAAGGAGAAGGCCAUGCUGGCAGGCACCGGUGCUACCACUAGCAAAUGGGUUUAUUUCAAGAAGAUGGAUAUGUUGAUGUCAAGUCCUCCACAGCAGGGCCAGCUCUCUUGUGGGUUCGACUCGGGUGAAUAUGUAUUCAUGAACCCUCGGGUUUAUUUGAACCGUGCAAAUGGUUUGGAUGAAAUGAGGGAUAGUCCAGCAAAUUCUGAAUCCUCUGAUGGCGAAGAGGAUGUAUCAGAUGGACUGCCACCUAAGAAGAGAAGGUUGGGGUGGCAAUCUGGUGAGGGUUCUUCGGUCAGACUGCUUGCAGAUUCAAUUCAGAAAUUUAGCGACAUAUAUGAAAAGAUUGAGAAUAAUAAAAGGCAGCAGAUGUUGGAAUUAGAGAAGAUGAGAAUGGAUUUUCACACAGAGAUGGAAAUGCAGAAGAGGCAGAUUAUGGAGGGAGCGCAAGCUGAAAUCGCGAAAAUGCAGGGCGGUGACUAUGAGGCAAAUGAUGUAUCUGCCGAGAAUGCUAGUGUGUAAUAAAAAAUCCAGUUAUCUUCUUAAUGACAUUCAUCUGAUUUUGACUGCUAAAUAUUGUACAAUUAUAUGGGAGCCUUUUGGAAACUGUUAUCAUGAUAGACAAUAAUAACACGGUUGUCAUCUAUGAAGCACUGGGAUGGCACUGAUUCCCACGUUUCAGUACCUGAUAUGUUCGGCUGGGAUACGUACCGGGGACGUGACACGUGGCUGAGUACGACUGAAUGAACUCAGGGAUGUUUCGAUGUUUAGCGGGGGACUUUUCGGGGACAGCAUGUGACUAUCACAUGCGUCCCCGGUCAGGACUCAGGAGUACUCAACAGUUUCAAUGAAGUAAGCGUUUCGACGGCGAGGAUGCAGCAGGUGCUGCUGAUUUUGCUGGAAUCUGAAAACCCUUUUCUAUGAUCCAUAGAAACAAAAGGGGUUUGAUUAUUUGAAGCGGAAAGCGAUCAGCAUAUAUAAGUGAA